CUAUUGGGUUCUGUCAUGCUUGAACAGGUUCUAUCAAUUUCUAACAGUGUUGUUAAUGUUCUGCAGGGUCCUCCAGGUCCUACGGGGCGGCAGGGCCCUCCAGGCCCCCCUGGCUUUCCGGGCCCCCAGGGGCCUGCAGGAGAGAAGGGCCAAAGAGGAGAUGAGGGUCCAAUAGGAGCUGCAGGACCGAAGGGAGACGUGGGAAGUGCUGGUGUUCCUGGUUUUCCAGGUUUAGAAGGACUCCCGGGUCACCCGGGUCCUGCCGGAGGACCUGGUUUUCCUGGGCUGGACGGAUGUAAUGGAACCAGAGGAGACAGAGGAGGUCCUGGACUUCCUGGAGAAUUUGGACCUGACGGAGAACGGGGUUUACCAGGACUGAAGGGAUUUCGGGGAGAUCCAGCGGUCUUCUUCAUACAGUACCCUGGAACAACUGGGGAAGUCGGGCCCCGUGGACUUCGUGGUCUGCCGGGUGAACAAGGUCGCCCUGGUCUGAUCGGAGCUCCGGGUCCUGCAGGACUGGACGGGACCAACGGUUUCCCUGGUCGGCCUGGUUCCAGGGGUUCACCUGGGGAAAAAGGUCGAUCCCUGCCCGGACAGAAAGGAGAUGAGGGUGAGCAGGGCCCCCAGGGGCCACCGGGGCCGUUUGAGUACGUCGACCCUCCAGAAGACCUGUACAUCAAAGGAGAACAGGGUCCUCAAGGUGUUAAAGGUGUCUGUGGAGUUCAGGGACAGCCGGGUUUGGACGGUCUGCCAGGGAUCAAAGGAGAGAAGGGGAUUCUGGGGUUUCCUGGACCCAGGGGAUUAUCUGGUUACACCGGGCUGCUCGGAGAGAAAGGGUUCAAGGGGAGUGAAGGAAGUCCAGGUCUCCCAGGUCUGAUUGGACGAGAAGGCCCUAAGGGCAUGAUGGGAGAUCCAGGUCCUAAAGGCCUUCCUCAGGUCGCAGACGUCACACACAAAGGUGUAGUUGGGGACCCCGGGGCCUCCGGACUGAGCGGCCCUCCAGGUGACAUGGGGGUGAUGGGAAUGCACGGACCCCCAGGAGCCCCCGGCAGAUCCAUACCUGGACCAGCAGGUGUUUUUGGUCAGAGUGGAGUUCCAGGAUGCAAAGGGGUCAAAGGAGAUCCAGGUGCAUUCUAUACAGGCAAACCCUCACCUGGAGAACCUGGAAAACCAGGACGCCCUGGAUUCAGAGGACCAAAAGGAGAACCGGGGAGACCAGGUACUUACUGUGUUCCCGGGGCCCCAGGAGAGCCUGGAGAGCUAGGUGAACCGGGGCCACUGGGGCCCCAGGGCUUCCAAGGGUAUAAAGGUAGCCGUGGCGACUGUUCUUGUGGCCCCCCAGUUCUACUGAGGGGUACCCCAGGCCCUGUGGGUUUGCUGGGGUCUCCGGGGUCUCCAGGAGAUCCAGGGGCCCCGGGGCUGAGAGGAGACAAGGGUUCAGCUGGAGACAGGGGAGAACCGGGACAACAGGGUCUCAGUGGAUUUCCAGGUGUCAAAGGUUUCAAAGGUCAGAAGGGAGAUUUCACUGUGGUGGAUAUUAAAGGUGACAAAGGAAUCAGGGGCAGGGAGGGCCCUGCAGGCAGACAAGGAUUCUCAGGGAGAAGAGGAAUCAACGGGCCCCCAGGGGAUCCUGGAAACCCCGGCCCUCAGGGUGAAAGCUUCCCCAGUUCUCCUGGCGACCGAGGCCUCCCUGGACUCUCAGGACCAAAGGGACUAUCAGGACCUUCAGGUGCCCCAGGACUAAGUGUAGUUGGAGCAAUAGGACAGCGUGGGACCCCUGGAGAGCCAGGUCCUCCUGGAUUCCCUGGCCCCCCAGGGCCAAAGGGGGUUAGAGGUGUCACUCUGCCCUGUGUACCCAGAAAUCCCGGCGCCCCUGGACAGAAGGGAGACACUGGAGAUAUAGGUUACACAGGACUCCCGGGUCCUCCAGGUUUUCGUGGCAUCACUGGACCUGAUGGAGUUAAAGGAGACAAAGGACGGUCUGGACUUCUUGGACCACCUGGACGACAAGGACCUCCAGGUUAUGUUGGAGAGACCGGAGACGAAGGACCCGAAGGCUUCAGUUAUGGUGGAGAUCCAGGCUCUCCAGGUAUCCCUGGCCCCUCCGGACUCAGGGGCCCAGCAGGAGAUUCUGAUGUUGGGCCCUCUGGACCCAUCGGCUUUCCAGGGGCACCGGGCUCUCCAGGACCUAAAGGAGUGCCUGGGUCCCCCGGGAACAACGGACUACAAGGAGUCCUGGGUCUGGCUGGGGGCCCCGGAGAGAAGGGCCAGAGAGGACAGGAUGGGGCCCCAGGUAAACCUGGCCCCCAGGGGCCUAUAUCUGUCCUCUGCGAUUCGGGAAAGCCUGGUUCCAGGGGCCUUUUUGGCCCUCAGGGACCCAUUGGACCCCCAGGUUUCGUUGGGCAGAAAGGUGAUGUCGGUAAGCAGGGUCCUCCAGGUUUUGGCCCUCCAGGCCCUGUAGGUACCAUGGGCUCUCCAGGUCUCCCGGGGUACCAGGGGCACCAGGGCCCCUCUGGCCCCACUGGAGACUCAGGAUUGCCGGGGCCCAACGGUCAGAAAGGUCUGAUGGGGCCCCAGGGCCAGAACGGAGGGCCAGGGGCAACUGGACAGACUGGAGCUCCUGGAGCUUCGGGGAGGAGGGGGGACAAUGGGUUCAAUGGACAAGACGGAGCUCCAGGAUGUGAGGGCCCAAAAGGAGUGAAAGGCUGUACAGGGCCCCCGGGGCCUCCAGGGGAUUACAUGUGUACCCCCAUCAAAGGAGUGACAGGAAAUCCAGGACCCAGUGGCAACAACGGCUUUCCUGGACCACGAGGAAGUAAAGGUGUCCGAGGAGUUACCGGUAAGCCGGGGUAUCCAGGAAGCAAUGGACCCCCUGGCAUCAUAGGUCUCCCAGGACCCACUGGGCCCUACGGCAAGCCAGGACCUCCUGGACCACCUGGACCUCAAGGACCUCCAGGAUUAAUCGGCUUUCCUGGACAAACCGGAGAUCCAGGGGACCUGGGAUGUCCGGGAAAACCUGGAAGACCCGGUCCCCAAGGAUGUCCUGGACCCAAAGGUCAUAUUGGAGAGUCUGUCGGUUGUUAUGGUUCACCUGGAGACAGGGGGCCUCCUGGAGAGUCUGGGCCCUCAGGGCCACCUGGACCUCGAGGAGAUCCUGGAGGACCAGGUUUCAACGGGGCUCCAGGACAGAAAGGAUGCAAAGGAGAUCCAGGCGAUCAUGGAGAAAACGGUGAACCAGGUGUGUUCGGUACCCCAGGUCAAAGAGGUCGUCCGGGUAUUCCAGGUCUUCCUGGUAAAGGGGGUGCCGAUGGUCCUCCAGGACCGCCAGGCUGCCCGGGACUCAAAGGUCCUCCUGGACCGCUGGGACUUCACGGACUGGAUGGACUGAAAGGAGUGAAGGGGGACAGGGGGACCAGAGGUCUGGGUAUGCCGGGUCCUCCAGGUUGUUAUGGUCUUCCAGGAGAUAAGGGUCCUCCGGGUCCUCCAGGACACAAAGGCCCAUCCCAGUCUGGCCCACCAGGACCCAAAGGCCCCCUAGGACCCAAAGGACCUCCAGGUGCUUGUGGGCCUCCAGGUGAACCUGGACCAGACUGUAAAGGACUGCUCCCAGGGCCUUGUGGAGAUCCUGGUUGUCCUGGACCAGACGGAGAUCCAGGGUGUCCUGGUGAAAUAGGGGAACCUGGUAUAAACGCUCCAGUAUGUGGCGAUGAUGGGGACAACGGGUACCCAGGGUGCCCGGGGACACCGGGCACAAAGGGACCUCCGGGGUGCCCAGGACCGCCAGGUAACCCCGGAAAUCCAGGAGAGAAAGGUGUGCGAGGUUCUACAGGUCUGAUGGGACUACCUGGUCAUCUGGGUCCUAAAGGUUGUAACGGCCCCAAUGGACCUCCAGGACCAAGGGGAUCUCCUGGACCGAUUGGUCCAAAGGGGGAGAUGGGCGGAGUCCUCCCCUGCCCCACAUACCCAUACCCAGCUGGGCCCCCCAGGACCCCUGGCCCCUGCGGUCCUCCUGGAUUUCCCGGUCUUCCGGGAGAAACUGGCCAAAAGGGGUCCAAAGGCUUAAAGGGAGACACUGGGUCUGUGGGACAGAUAGGGUCCGUGGGGCCCCCAGGUCCAGAUGGAAGCAGAGGACAGAAAGGCCUGUCGGGGGAGAUUGGAAUAGUGGGAAGCAAAGGUGAUCGUGGUCCAGUCGGUGACUGUGGUUCCCCCGCUACAUGCAGAACCGUAAACUCUGGCUUCCUGUUGGUGAUGCACAGCCAAUCAACGGAAGUCCCGCCCUGUCCAGCUGGCAUGAACGCCCUGUGGGAAGGAUACAGUCUGCUGUACCUGGAGGGUCAGGAGAGGGCUCACACGCAGGACCUGGGUCAGGCGGGGUCGUGUGUGCGGGUCUUUUCCACAAUGCCAUUCUCCUCCUGUAACACGGAAACCUGCUCUUACGCCAGUCGUAACGAUAAAUCCUAUUGGCUGUCGACGACGGCAGCCGUCCCCAGCACGCCCGUGGACGGACCCUCCAUCAGAGAACACAUCAGCCGCUGUGUGGUGUGUGAAGCCCCCUCCUCACCUGUCACACUGCACAGCCAGACCUCCAUUCAGCCAGGCUGCCCCCCCAACUGGAAGAGCCUGUGGACCGGAUACUCCUUCCUCAUGCAUACAGGUGCAGGUGAUGAGGGCGGUGGCCAGUCUCUGACGUCAUCAGGCAGCUGUCUUGAAGACUUCAGGGCCCAGCCCUUCGUGGAGUGCCAGGGGCCUCGAGGAACCUGCCACUACUUCGCCAACAUCUACAGUUUCUGGCUGGCCAGAGUGGAGGCGACCGGCUCCAACGGCGCCUCCACCACGCUGACCGAGGGCUGGCAGCAGAAGGAGAACAUCGGGAGGUGCAACGUCUGCAUGAGGGAGUGAGGAGGAGGAGCACCGCCUCCUCCAGCUCCUCCUGCAUGAGGGAGUGAGGACAUGCGUCACCUCCUCCUCCUGCAGAGUCUGAGAGGACAGACAGGACGAGACUCGUUUGUUCGUCUCUGUGAGGGGAGACCGUCACGUUAAAGACCCCGCUGCCAAUCAAUCAGUCAGAUUGUUCAGAUCAACAGGACUGACUCCUGCAGCACCAACACUCCCACUGGGUUAUUCUGUCGACCGUGUUUUAGCAGAGGGAUCUUUGAACUGAGAAAGUCUGAUGUUAGUUUUUAAUUUUAGGCUGACCACCUCCUUUUCAAAUCAGCACAUAAAACAAGCUGCUCGAGCUACUGAUCUUCAACCAAGUCCAGUUGCCCUUCAUUUUAACCCUCGUUGGACACAUAAAACAAGAUUUUAAUAUCAACAUGUAUGCUCACGGGUAGGUGUGGCCCUCCUGUCAUUUAAAUCCUCCCCAGAGUGACGUUCUUGUAUUUAAAGUCGAUCUCUGAGUUUUGAUUUUUAUUAACUCUGUGUGAAAUUUGUCAGUAAAAUCUCUUAAUCUGGCUUAAACUAGCUGAGCUCCAGUAGGAAGCUCAUCACAUCUCUGGCUUCUCCUGCCUUUAUUUUCCAUUAUCCAUUAAAAGUAUGCAGAAUUAUCUAAUAGCAUCUUCUGUUAGCAGUGUACCUAUGCACGUACACACAGCGCUCACUGGAUCUCUGCGAUACCUAAAAACGUCUGCAUUUUGUGAUUUUUGGACAUUUAUUCUGGACGGAUAUCUGUGAUAAUGUUCCCGGGAAGUGCACGUCACACUUAAAUUCAACUCAGCAGAUUAUCAACACAGCACAGAGCUUCAUUAGCUGUUAACAUUAGCUGCUCGAGCUACUGAUCUAGUUUAUGGGUGCUAAACUUUUAGCUCGAAAAUUCACGUCUUUUCAAGCGACUUUGUUUGCAAUCGCACCACUUUUUUAAAAUUCACUAGAAUCCCCUUUAACCCACACAGACAGGUGCGUCGCAUUUAUUGUAUGAAUAUCAUUAGGUCGGAGGAUCCAAGUGCGGUGAAUAACGUGAGUACAGGUGAUGGACAGCAUGCAGGAUUUGUUCAUAGCAUGUAAUAUAAAUCUGGAAAUGAACACCAUAAACAAAAGCAGCUUUAAACGUCAAGGCUGCAACAGACAGUACUCUGUUAUAUAUUUCAACACUGGUAAGAGAGUUUCAGGAAAGUUUGAUGGUUAUCGUGAUAAUAUAGUUUACUGUGAUAUUUUUGGGCGCAUAAUCACAGCAUAAAAUGUGAUCAGCACACAUUAUCAGUACAGUUAGUGGUGCCUUUUCAGCCCAGUUCAGAGUUUCAGAGUACAAAACAUUUGAUGAGACAUUAAAACUGUGAAACACAAGUGAACACACAUUUUUAAAACAUCAGUUUGGAUUUUAAAGUUUCAGUGUGUAAGUUGUAGUGCCAUCUAGUGGUGAAGGUUGCGAGUAAGAGAAGCUACGUCUAAAAACGUGGUCCUACUACCACUGCUUCUUCUUCGUACGUAUUCUACGUAGUGACAGAACGCGCUCUGUAGAGCAAUUUGUCCAUUUAGGCUACUGUAGAAACAUGGUGGUGCAACAUGGGCCCUUCCACGUAAGAGGCCCCGCGGUGUCUGUAGAUAGAAAUGUCUCAUUCUGAGGUAAUAAAAACAUAACGGUUCAUAAUGUAAUGUCUUUAUACACCACUGAAAACAUAGUUAUGGAUCUGAUAUUGCAUUUCUGUUAAUAAAUCCUCAGAAAUGUUCCACACUGAACCUUUAACCAACCGUCAUCAGACUUUAAACAUCGAGGUGCCGGGUCAGAAAACACAGACCAUCAUCUUGUUUUAAAUUUUCAGUAUGUGCAACUGCUUGUUUGUGUGAUCAACAGACGAGAGUUCUACAUUACAUUUAUUCAUUUAGCUGACGCUUUUAUACAAAACGACUUACAAUUGCUAUACAUGUCAGAGAUCACACGCCUCUGGAGCAACGAGGGGUUAAGUGUCUUGCUCAGGGACACAAUGGUGUUUGUGCUGCAGUGGGAAUUGAACCCAGGUCUCUCCACUGCGCGAUCGCCACCCCAGGUCUUAAGGGAAAUAAAAUACUAUGUUAUAUAUCAGCAUGUAAACUGAAAAGAUAAAGGACCAACGAAGGAACCAUGAGGAACCCCAUGAGUAAUUAUAAGUCAUGUUCUCAAUAUUUUUCUUAUAAUCCAUCUUUCAGAUUAUUCUUAUGAAAAUUAGACUCUCCUGGUGAAAUGUACCACUAGGAGGCGCUCAAAUCAGAAUAGGUGCGUUCGAGAUCAUGCGCUGACUUGAUAGUCUAAUGUGAGCUGCAGGCGACUGCAGGGUUGGGGUAUAAAAACACAGCCGUCAAGUCGGACACGUUCUACUUCUGAAGAGUGUCUGAGCUUAGAACAAAGACGGUUCCCACUCGUAGCAGAAAAGCAACUGCGGUAGCCGGACUCAGAAACCUGCAACCGCCCCGCGAGGUUUAAAUGUCAUGUGACAUGGAGACGUUUUGUAUCUCUAACCAGUAUCAAAAAUCCUUUUAGGCUAGUCACGCCACUCGGCCGCCAUCUUGGCAACGCCUCCGGGCAGCUAUUUCGGACUAACAAGACCAGGUUCCUGUCUGAGUGAUUGGACAGCCAGAGCUUCACUUUCACAGGCCACCGGGACAUAAAAUCUACAUGAAUAGAAUGUAGCAGUAAAAUCUGAUAAAAAUCGCUGAAAGACUUUGACGACUUCGCCCCAAAAUAAGGUUUAAAAAGCGUUUUUCCCGACCGGUUAAACUUCUACUACACAUUGGUCACCACUUCGCACAUGCGCAGUAGAAGUACCUAUAUGUCAGUGGAACCACACGAUUGGCUGAAAUAUGUUUCCCGCUUUGGCUGUUAAAAGCAGACGAUUGGCUUUCUAGCAGGAGGGGCGGGAUAGCCGCCAUCUUUGCCGUUACAGGCUUUCCCCAUAGAGUUGUGUUGAGGAUGUGAUUGAGUGGUCAAACGCGCCCAUUAAAAUCCUACACAUCAGAGCAAGUCGUCAGCUGAAGCAGUGGAAGUUCUGAGGCCUCGUUUUGGUAAAUGAUUUAUUCAUCAGAAAUUUGGGAGUGACUCUUAAAACAAAGAAGCUGAUGUUGUAAACUGUUCAGGAGCUCAUACUAAUCUUUAUUGAUCAUCCUUUGUUUGUAUUUGAUCUUAACUGUCGGAUUAUUUUAACAGUGACCGUGUUUGUGCCGACCUGUUAAACACCUGGGGUGGUGAUGGCGAAGUGGAUAAGAUACAUGCCUAUGGUGUGAGAGACCCGGGUUCAACUCCACCAUUGUGUCCCUGAGCAAGACACUUAACCCCUCGUUGCUCCAGAAGCGUGCGACUUCUGACAUGCAUAGAAUUGUAAGUCGCUUUGGAUAAAAGCGUCAGCUAAAUGAAUAAAUGUAAACACGCUGUUCAUUCGCGCCGCUCACACGCUCAGUGCAUAGCAAGCCGCAAGAGCUGAUGUCACGUCCUGUGAUGUGGCAGCUGAUUGGUUGUUGGCGUCGACAUGAUGUUCUCCCCUCCCCGGAGUGAACGACGAACACCUGAGUGAACUGUAGCCCCGCCUCCAGACCCGCCCACAGCCCAACCAGAAAUAUGCCUUCUGAUUGGUCAGCUGAGAGGCAGUGACUGGUGUCGUUGGUCAGUCAGUAUUCUGUUAACACGUAAAGAAUCGCGUGAGAAGCUGUGAAUAUAUUUGACAUUAAACCUUGAAACCUGUUUUUUUUUUUUUUGUUCCAGUUUUCCUUCAGAGCAGACGUGUUCGGAGCUCCUCCCUCAGCUCGUGUUCUUUAUUCAUGUUUUUAAAGUUUCAGUGUAAAAACAAAGAGAGAAGUGAUUAAACUCAAAGUUUCUUUAACAUCUUAGUAGUGACGAUCUGUCCUGUUACUCCGAGUCGAACAUCGAAACAGGACGAGCUGCAGCGCAGAACCAGGACCGGAACCAGAAGCUGAUUGGGGUUUUUUUUUUAAUCGGUCAUCUUCUUGUUGUUAUAAAGUUCACUUGAAUAUUUAUCUGUAGUCGCUGUCACAAUACAAACGUUUUAAUAUUUACAAAGUUAACAGGAUGAACUGCUGAAAACGUUUUAGUAGAGGUUUUGUGGUGUUUGUCUGCUUUUCAGUUAAAGGUUCUGGUUCUGGUCCUGCUUCUGGUCUGUGUUAUCUCUCUGUGAUUUGUAAAUAUGUUUGAACUCUACCGUUUUAUAUUUUUACUGUAAAUGUCAUCAAGAGUAUUUAUUUAGCCUGAAAUUCAUGUUGAUUUGAUGUUUCAUUUGUUCUUUUUUAUUUUAUUUUGGUAAAUAAAGACACAGUGUAACCCAGCCCCUCUCCUCCCUCCUACAAAAUAAAAUUCACAACGCAUUAACACGUGUUUUUAACUGACGGAGGACUCUGAUCUUUUUUGGUUUGGUUUUUGUAAUCCGAAAACUUAUCAGGAUGUAAAAUGAAUUUAAAGCAAUAAUAAAAAAAAAUGAUUAUCAUGUCAGAUUUUUUCGGGGAAGGCUUACGAUCAAUAUGCCCCACCCCUUUGAACAUACAUGUAACUACAGCUCCCAUGAUGCUUUGGGUGGAGGCCUGUGUCUAAUACUGAUGAUUUAAAAAAAAAUUAUGAAUGACAUGAGUAAAUUACUCAAGGAGGGGGAGGUGUCACUGUGUUUUUAUUGUAUUUAAAUCUGUCUGUUAUAUUUUAAUCUCUGUAGGAGGAAACUUCUCACUAACAUUUUACUCUCUGUGGACCGACGACUCUUCAAUAAAUUGCAUCAACUUUCA